AUCUUCGCCUCGCCUCUCACUCAAAAAAACCAAUGAGAAUUUGCUUCCCACGACGUUCUCCUCUCCUUCCCAUCUUCUUUCUGAUCGUAAUCGCCGUCGGAAUUUUCAAGGAUGCCGGUUUUAAUCGCUUAGUUGAGGGUGGACAGCGGCGAAUCCACAUUACCGAUGAUCUCGACGACGUGGUCGACGACGAGGAGGAUGAAUCUUGGAAGGAAUGGGGCAAGAAAAAGACGUCCUCCAGCAAUUUCGACUUGCCGGCCGCCGAUUUGUCGAAGAUGGAGAUUUCGGAGAUUCAGGCUGAGAUGAUCAAGCGGCGUUCAGGUCCGGCUAUGGGAUUUGUGAAGCUUCGGCUGGGCGUUCGCCGGACUGCGGACUUGGUGGCUGACAUUGCUAUGCAGUGGACGAAAGUUCUCAAAACUGGAUCCGUUGAGGCACAUUUUAUGGCGGUCGACCUUAAUACACUCAUGUUCACGAUGAGCAGAGGGCAAGACAUAGAUGAGUUGAAGGAGUAUGUGUUGAGGCAGCCAGAGUCAUACGAGAUCAAAAUUGGGGACCAAGUAUUUCGAAGGCCUGGAGAUCCUCCUCUGCAGGAAGUCAUUGAGAUGCUCCGGAAAGAUAAGAACAAAGCUGAAGACACCAAUCCUUCAGAAAAUGUUGAGCCAUUGCACCAGGAAUUGUAGUGCUCAUACAUGGUAUGAAUCUUUAACUUGAAGCUUGAUCUGGGAUUAUUUGAUCUGUUGAUUUGUUUUACUUCUUAGUAUUGUUUGUAGCCAAGCAUGAAAAAUAUGGGGAAAGUCAUCUCUUGCAAUCAUAAGACAGAUGGUAGUUUUAUCAUGACAAGUCAAGUAAUGAUAAAGCCAAGCUUAUCAAUUUACGGGUUGAUAAAA